AUGACGAUUGGUUUUCGGAAGACCACAGAAAAUUUAUUGGAAGGUUUGGUAAAUGAAACUGCUAUCAAAAUAGAAUGGCAAGAUCAAUAUACGAUGACAGCAAUCAUUCCAGAUGUCAACGAACCAACUGUACAUCAUUCAAUCACUGCAAAAUGUCAAAAAAAUAUAUUCUCUAAUGAACUUGAACGAUUCCAAUGGGAAACGAUUCUAAUUGAUAAACAUGCUGUUCAAACUAUGGAUGAUUUAAGAAUAUUAAGUUUAAACGAACAGCAAUGCGCAAUAAUACAACAGAAUAUUGAUGGCACUAAUUAUCUUGAAGAAAUUUACGAGCAAUGCAAAACAUUGCGACCAAAAAUAUUGGAAUCUAUAGACAAAUUAAUUGGAACUUCAUUCUCUACAACGUUUAAUUCAACUCAACCCAAAGCUUAUGCCACUUCACUAGCACAAUAA